AUGUUACUCUCGGAAUGUAGGGAGCAGAUGAAAUCUCCCAGUAGUCGUGUGGUAAAACCCAUGUCUCCGUCAGACUUUCUGGACAAACUGAUGGGUAAAACAUCAGGAUAUGAUGCUCGCAUUAGACCUAACUUUAAAGGGCCUCCGGUGAACGUCACGUGUAACAUCUUCAUCAACAGCUUCGGCUCCAUCACCGAGACAACAAUGGAUUACCGUUUAAACGUGUUUCUAAGGCAACAGUGGAACGAUCCACGACUGGCCUAUAAAGAAUAUCCCGAUGACUCGCUUGACUUGGACCCCUCUAUGCUGGACUCUAUUUGGAAACCGGACCUGUUCUUUGCUAAUGAGAAGGGAGCGAAUUUCCACGAGGUCACUACAGACAACAAACUUCUGAGAAUAUUCCAGAACGGGAACGUGCUUUACAGUAUCAGGUUGACUCUCAUUCUGUCCUGUCCUAUGGAUCUGAAGAACUUUCCCAUGGAUAUUCAGACAUGUACUAUGCAGCUGGAGAGCUUUGGGUACACUAUGAAUGAUCUGAUAUUUCAGUGGUUAGAUGAAGGUCCAGUGCAGGUGGCUGAUGAUCUUAUGCUGCCUCAGUUUGUGCUGAAGGAAGAGAAAGACCUGGGCUACUGUACCAAACACUAUAAUACAGGUAAAUUCACAUGUAUUGAGGUGAAGUUUCACCUGGAGAGGCAGAUGGGUUAUUACCUGAUCCAGAUGUACAUUCCCAGUCUGCUGACCGUUAUCCUUUCCUGGGUUUCCUUCUGGAUUAACAUGGAUGCUGCCCCUGCCCGUGUGGGCCUUGGCAUCACUACUGUACUCACCAUGGCAACCCAGAGUUCUGGAUCCAGAGCCUCCCUGCCAAAGGUGUCUUAUGUGAAGGCGAUCGAUAUCUGGAUGGCUGUGUGUUUGCUCUUUGUCUUCGCCGCCCUGCUGGAAUACGCCGCCGUGAACUUUGUCUCCCGGCAACACAAAGAGUUCUUCAGGCUCAGGAGAAAGCUGAGGGAGGAGCAACGCAAGAGAUCUGCAGCGGGUCAGAGCGGAACGACAAAAGGCAAAACGAAAAGCAACAACCUGACGAGCAACAACCCGGCAUGCAGAACCAACCCGCGGCCCUGCAGUGCCUGUGCACGGGAGGAGGAACUGGCCCAGCAGAAUCAGGAGUAUUUUUACACUGGUUUCGGACUGGACUCAUGUUUGACCGGCGACGGUCCGCUGUCAGAGGCUGCUGCCAUGUUCGCCGGCCUUCCGCCCAGCCACACCCUUUUCGAGAUCCGUCGGCGUUUCAUAGACCGCGCCAAGCGCAUCGACACCAUCUCCCGAGCCGUCUUCCCUCUCAGCUUCCUCAUCUUCAACGUCUUCUACUGGCUCACCUACAAAGUACUGCGUAACGAGGACAUCCAUGGCCUUAUGUGA